UCUUUUUUGUUUCCCAACAGUUAUUUGUACUUGUUUAUCAGCACUCUUACUUUUUUUGCUAAACAUGUUCCCCUCCUCUCAGACUCUCAGCGGUGCCUUCAAGGGUAACCAGAAGGCCUUCGUUGCCGCCUCUCCCACCGAGAAGAAGGCUUUUGUCGCCCACUCGACCAUCGAGGUCAACUCGCCCAGGUACUUUUACACCUGCGCUGCCGGUGGAGUCUUUGCCUGCGGUUUGACUCACUACGCCCUGACUCCUCUUGAUAUGCUUAAGUGCCGCAUGCAGGUCAACAAGGGUCUGUACUCCGGUAUUUUUGACGGCUUCAAGAAGGUCUCCGCGGCUCAGGGUAUCAAGGGUCUGUACCUCGGCGGUGCACCCACUAUUAUUGGUUACUCGCUGCAGGGCAUGAGCAAGUACGGUUUCUACGAGUACUUCAAGCACCUGUACGCCAGCUCUGUUGGUGAGGAGAAUGCCGCUAAGUACAAGACCGCCCUGUACCUGUCUGCCUCCGCCUCGGCUGAGUUUAUUGCCGACAUUAUGCUGUGCCCCAUGGAGGCGCUCAAGGUCAAGAUGCAAACCUCAAACACCCCCUUUGCCACCAGCUUCCUGGGUGGUGUCCGUAAGAUCCACGCCGCUGAGGGUAUCAACGGCUUCUAUAAGGGCCUUGCUCCCCUGUGGCUGCGCCAGAUCCCCUACACCAUGGUGAAGUUCGCCACCUUCGAGAAGACUGUCGAGGCUAUUUACAAGAACAUCUUGAGCAAGCCCAAGGACCAGUAUACCAAGAACGAGCAGCUCGGUGUCACCUUCGCCGCUGGUUACUUUGCCGGUAUCUUCUGCGCCAUUGUCUCCCACCCCGCUGAUACUCUGGUUUCGAAGCUCAACAACGUCGCUAAGGCUGAGGGUGAGAGCACUGGUGCUCUCGCUGUGCGCAUCCUUAAGGAUCUCGGCUUUGCCGGUGUCUGGACCGGUCUUACUCCCCGUAUCUUCAUGAUCGGUACCCUGACCGCCCUGCAGUGGUUCAUCUAUGACUCGUUCAAGGUCCAGACUGGUCUGCCCACCACUGGUGGUGCCGUUGCCAAGAAGGAGUAAGCAUGUGGCGAUGAUAUAAGCUUUCUUCUUUUUUGUAUUUCGGUAACAUAUGGUAGUGGGUGUGAAUGGUUUGGCGUACAAAAAAUUCACUCAUCACCACCACCAUGUCUUUUUUUAUAUAUUUUUCUCUAUACCGUCUACCAAAAAAAAACUUUACACUCUAAAACAAGUCACUACUAGAUAGUGACAAAAAUAUGAGUACAAAAAAUGAUGCCUGAU